AUGGCCGGCGACGGUAGCCCGGUCAUAUCAACGAUGCAUCGCGUGAAGCCAAACAUGCCGUCUGUGGAUCACGUCGAUCUAUUGAGGGUGUGCGGUGAGCUGACCGCCUCUGGGUUCAAUGGGGUCAAUUUUACCGCACUCAACAAUCGAGCCUGCUACGAAUGCGACGUCUCCCUUCCCGCCUAUCCAUUCUCGAAGAAGAGCUACGCACUCUAUCCGGACACGCCUGGAUAUGCGAAACAGAUGGAACCCCAUCUUGGACCACUGAACCACCGGUAUCUCAGAAUCAACAAGGAUACGCAUCCGGUCCUUGCAGAGCAUGUCAUCAGAGGAGAGCCAAUCAUGCCCGCGGCGGGAUUCAUCGAGAUGGCCAUCGAGUUUGGCGCCACUGCUCUUCUGCACGUUGACCUCAAGGCGAUUUUGUCCCUUUCAUCUGAGACCCCACCGGCGGUAGAAGUGGAGCUGAACUCGUCGUAUUGGAAAGUCCAAUCUGUCACGUCUCAUGAUUGGCACUCGGGCAAACAGCAGAAGCGCCUGCAUGCGGAUGGAUACUUGACGUUCGAGCCAUCUCAGCCUCUCAAAGAUAUAGAUAUUGCCACAAUCCGACAGCGAUGCAAAAACCAUGUGGGCUCAUCGUUCUACUCGUCUCUCUCAUACUUCUCUGCCUACGGCCCCCGACUGCGUCGCGUGACGAACGUCUAUUACAGCGAGAAAGAAGCUCUCGUCUCCAUCAAAGGGAUGGAUAAUGCACUGAAGCAGUCUGGCAGAUAUCGAUUACAUCCUGCAAUUCUGGAUGCCUGCCUGCACAUGACGGCGCACAGGCCUUUCAACGGCAACUAUGAUCAGAAUGCGUAUUACCUUCCUGCACACGUCGAUGCAGUCCUCCUCCACCGCAAUCUUGCUGAGGAACAGCUGCCGCAUCAUCUCUAUGCGCAUGUCGUCCUCAAAGAAUGGUGGCCAGAACAGAUAUGUUACGACAUUGCGCUCGUGGAUGAUUACGGACAGCGUAUCUGCUCCCUGCAAUCACUUAUAGUGGCUAAACAUCACAUCGAUCCAUUACCCGCCGUGCAACGGCCUCUACACCUUAUCUAUCAGCCUGCAUUCUUUGCCCCACAGCAACCAACCCCUGCUUCCCUAUCGUGCAAUGAUCCGCUGCGAAUCAAGCUGGAUACGAUUAACUGUUAUGCUGAUUCUCAUUCGCUGGCGUCGGCUCUGAAAUCAGCUGCACUCCAACAGGGGGCGGCUUUGCAACGUGCCGUGACAUCCUUGGCUCGAGAUGCCCCUCAGCGCGUAGUGCGAGUCGCAAUCGCUACAAAAGAACGCGAACUCGUGUCAUACCUGAUCACUGUCCUCAACGAAUUUCCUGCAUUGUUCUUCGAGAUAUUCGUCGGUAACGAAGAGCAACGGGAGCUGUAUGCGUCACGCGUGCAGUCUGGUGUGGUUCGAACUGCAGACCUGGAUAAGGUGCUUACGGGCGAAGACCUCCCGGAACAUCCAUAUUACGACAUCCUCGUUGUCUUCGAUCGAUCAUCCGGCGAGGAUAGAUUCCGCUCCAUUUUUAUUGCGCUGCAGUAG